AGCAACAGCAAGAGAGAAAAAGAAACGAAUAAUACCCGUAAAAAAGUUUAGGGCAUAAAUUCCCCUUUCCCCUCCCUCAUCCUCCUCGACCUCUCUCCUCCUCCUCCUCCUCCUCCUCCUCUCCCCAUCCAUGGCGGUGAGCAACAACAUCACGGCGUUCAUCAACUUCAUGGCCCUCCUCUGCUCAAUCCCCAUCAUCGGCGCCGGGAUCUGGCUCGCCUCGAAGCCCGACGCCGAGUGCCUGCGCCUCGCGCGGUGGCCCCUCAUCAUCCUCGGCACCCUCAUCCUCCUCGUCUCCCUCGCCGGCUUCGUCGGCGCCUACUGGGGCCGCGAGUGCCUCCUCGCCGCGUACCUCUUCGCCAUGGCGGCGCUCAUCGCCCUCCUCCUCGUGCUCAUCGUCUUCGCCUUCGCCGUCACGCGCCCCGACGGGUCCGUCCCCGUCCCCGGGCGCGGCUACGACGAGUAUCGGCUCGGGGGCUUCUCCGCGUGGCUCCGCGGGUACGUGGUCGACCCCGGUCGGUGGGCGCGGAUCCGGGCGUGCCUCGGCGAGUCCGGCGUGUGCCAGAGGCUGAGUCGCGACGCGCCCUACCUCACCGCCGACCAAUUCGCCCAAUCCCACCUCUCCCCCCUCCAGUCCGGUUGCUGCAAGCCGCCGACGGCAUGCGGGUACAUGUAUGUGAACCCGACGGUGUGGGUGAACCCGAGCAACGCGGGGGCGGACCAGGAUUGCGCGGCAUGGAGCAACGACCAGAGCCAGUUGUGCUAUGGCUGCGAGGCAUGCAAGGCCGGCAUGCUGGGCAACCUGCGCGAGGAGUGGCGCAAAGCAAACGUGGCGCUCAUCGUCGCCGCUGUCGCCCUCAUCUUCGUCUACGUGAUCGGCUGCAGCGCAUUCAAGAACGCACAGACCGAGGACCUCUUCCGCCGCUACAAGCAGGGCUUUGUCUAAGAAUCCCUCUAAUUUGUGGGGUGAUAAUAUACGAAAAACUUAAGAAAGAAAAGAGCAUAUCUAUUCACUCAACUCUCGGUUCCUCCUUUUCUGUCAGGUUAAUUUGUAGUUUUGUUCACUACAUCUCUAUCUUGAGAGAUCUUUUGUAUGCAACGUCUGUAUAUUAUGGCAAACAUUUUGGGACUUAUUACAACUUUCAGAUGCUUCUUGUUUCAA